AUGCACCAGCCACACGUCCUUUCCCCACCAUCCCCUCCAAUUACUCUACGCGUCAACGACGCGCCCUUUGUCAAUGCUCGCCAACGAGCCCCUCCAACUAGACAGCUGCAGCAUUUGAUUCUGGAGGCCGGCAGCACAACGACCAUGUCCCGUGCAAGCGUCUCGCUCGCGCAUCGGCCGCUCUCCACGACCGAGGAGCUGGAGAAGCUGGAACACCGAGCCCAUCGCAUCGUGAUCACGAGCAUCCUCCCGGUCGUGGAGCAAUACGGCGAGCAAUGUCGGGCAGUCUGGGACUCGUCCAAGUUCUGGAAGCAGUUCUUCGAGGCUGCUGCCAAUGUCUCUCUGUCAGGGUACGAGGAGCUUGCGGCCAACGACGAGAGCACUACGGCCGCCGAGGAGACCACCACGGCCACGCACGAAGACGAAGACGACGAGACCUCGACCGACUACACGCCCCGCCAGCAGCAGCAGCAGGGCGAAGACUGCGGAGACGACCGCACCAACACGCGGGACGAGUCGCUGCUGUCGGACGGCGACGGCGACCUGACGGGCAGCACGCCGCGACCGUCCACGUCCAAGUCGAAGCGGCCCCGCUUUUCCGACAUGCGGUCACCGUAUGAGGUGCUACGAGAGGAGCUCAAUCUGGGCAAGGGGGGUACGGCAGCAGCAGCAGCAGCAGCACAGUCAGCGCCAAAGGGUCCUGUAGACGACGAAGACGACGACAGCAGCAUCAUGAUGCUCGUGGAUGCGAGCCGUACCCGUGCGACCAAUCAUGACGGCAACAGCGACGACGACGACAACUCGUCGGCUGCUGACUCAGCACUGCUCGCCGAGCGGACGGCCCGGUUGCCGGACAUGUCGAUGACACCGCGGCUGUCGCUGGACGAGCGCCACCGCCGCGCAGCCGAGGAGGACCUGGCGAUGGAGCAGCAGCAGAAGAACCCGCUGCUGCACCGCGUCAUGGACAAGACGUACCGCAUCCAGGCAACGCCACACAAGACGAUACAGACGGCGCGCAGCGGCACCUCGCCGAUGCGACUCAAGGUGACGGAACAGCAGCAGCAGCAGCAGCAGGCGCAGGCACAUAAGAGGGCCGCAUGGCAGGACUCGUCGCCCAUGUCGUCGCCCGAGAUGGCCGUGCCCAAGCUGCGCAGUGCCGCCUUUCUGUCGCCCGUUCGGGCCGCAUACCGGAGCAAGCUGACGGCGGCGGCGGCCGGCCCGCGGACUCCUGGAGUCAGCGUCCAGACGCCGGCGAUGAAGAGCAGGACCAGAGACAUCUCGUUUGACGACCUCGGCGUCGAUGUCGACGCCGCGCCAGCGGCCGUGCCCUAUGGCGGCGCGUCUGCUGCAGCUGCUUCGGCGGCCGGCCACAAACGAGACGAGAUCACGUGGGAAAGUAGCGAUGAUGACGGCGACGAUCUCUACGGCGGCUUCAGCCCACCCAAGACCAUCAGCUUUGCCCUGCCGCCGUCCAAGCUGCUGCAGACGCCAGCACGCGAGGCAAGCAAGCGCAUUGUCGAGGACAUUCUGUACACGGCGGGCGACGACACGGACAAUCCGUCCGAAUAUAGCCCGACGAUGGUCAAGAUGAAUGCCAACAUCCUGGACGAGACGUUCUAG